AUGAAACUUGUGGACGAUCUCAUUUUUGAGUUCAAAGGACGCCAAGUUGUUCGAAAGGAAGGAGAUAUUGCUUUGGCUGGGGCAAACCCGUCAGCUGAAGAGAUGGAUGAAGGAACUGAAGAACAUGUUGAAAGAGGUAUUGACUUUGUACUCAAUCAUCGUCUUCAGGAGAUGAAUUGUUAUGAGGAUCAAGCAACUUUCAAAGCUUACAUAAAAGAUUUUAUGAAGAAGGUUAUUGAGCAUAUGCAGAAACAAGGAAAGUCUGCUGAACAAGUUGACGCUUUUAAGAAGAAAAUUCAGUCUUGGGUUGUUUCUUUGUUAGCUAAGGACCGUUUCAAAACUCUUGCAUUUUUUAUUGGUGAGAAUAUGGCUGAGGGAAAGGGAGAAGGGCAAGUAGCAAUUGUUGAAUAUCGUCAAGAGGGUGAUGAGGAAGUUCCAACUCUAAUGCUAAUUAAAGAAGGUUUUGAAUUUUUAGAUAAUAUAUUUUCUGUAAUAGAGUUUGGGCUGUGCUUGGUUCUUUGGAGGUCAAGAGCCCAUGUAGCUCUAUUUUUCAACCCACCACAAUGAGAAGCUAUAUUAAUGAGCAAAGGGGAUUAGGUUCUAAAACAGACGG